AUGCAAAACACGGAUGUUCUCGAGCGCGACGAGAGCACCCACCACCGCAGUAACGGGCUCGCCGUGCAGCCACCCAGCGACGGGAAUGCUCACGAUUCCCACCCCAACGGCUCGCCCUCGCACGCCUGCACCAGCGGCCAGCCUCACGCCGAUGAUGCCACCCCCGACCGUUCCCAAACGCCUGGCGGAGGCCCGCCCAACAAGCGCCGCAAGCUCGACGACGCGAGUCGCCCGUCGCGUCCGCCUUCGCCGCCGUGGAAGCGCAUCGAGGCCGACGGCCCAACAUCUUUCAUGGUUGAUGGCAAACGCCGCUCCGGACGCAUGAAUCUCCUGCCCGCCGAGCAGUCGCCACAGCCCGACACGCGGCGCUCGUCUCGUCGCGCGCUGCAAAAGUCAACUUCGUCCAGCAAUCUCACCAAGACCGCAGGCUCCUACAAAGGCCGCAAGACCGCCGCCGCCGCCGCCGCCGCCGCCGCAUCGCCCACUCCCAAAGCAACGAAGCCCCAGCGCCAUGCCAAGUCCUCUGCCGUCCCUUCGCCCACCCACAAGACGCCUGGCCGCAAGCCGAAGGCCGCCGAGCACGCCCAGUCCACGCCCGCACGUGCGCAGCAAGCCGCCAAUGCCACACAUGGGACUUCGCGCCGCAAACGUGCUGAGGCAAACUCGACACCGAAUGGCGUGCCGCGGAGGAAGUCAGGCCGCAUAAGCGAAGCACAGAGUGCGGCGGAGGCACACGCCGCUCAGGAUGGCUACUCGGGCUCCCGUGGCGGUGGCACUUCGCCGCUCGCGCAGCGUCCGAAGAUCGACCUGGACGGUCCCGUCGAACUCCCGUUCCUGCAUCCGCUCCAGGCGCGGCCCGGAGAUGAGAACUCUUCGUUUGCUCGCUGGCUCGAACAGGACGACCCUCUGGCCGGCGAGGAUGCCAAGAAGCUCACAUGGGAAGAAGCGCAAGAAGAGGCGCGGUUGAGGCUGCGGAUCCUCGAUGCUGCGGAGCCGGGUGGUGUGCUGAGUGAAGAGAGGUGUUCCAAGUAUGCCGUUGAGGCAGAGGAAGAGCCGCCACCUCGGUACGGCCCUUGGGACCACAUCGCCGCUCACGCGUGUCAUUUUCGUAAGCUGCUCAUGAAGGAGCACCGAGAGCAUGUACAGACCGCUCGAAGGCUGGCUCAUGAGUGCGCCGAGGCUUGGCGGACGCGGGAGGAAGCGAAGCAAGCAAAGCUUAAGGCGGAGCGACCCAAGACGAAGGAGGAGAUCGAGGAAGAGGAGAAGGAGGAUGCGGAGAAGCGCUACAGGCAACUUGUGAGGGACAUGCAACAAACUUGGGUGUUGGUAAAGGCGGAGGUGGACAAGAGGCGGCAAGACCGGUGGCUGGAGGAGCAGGAGAAGCUGGGAAAGCAGACUAUGAAGUCGUUGCUACACCAGUCUACUGCAUUGUUGAAAGAGAGAAGGAACAUGGCUGGCUCUAUGCAGAGCAGUGACGAUGAGGAUGAUUUUGAAUCGUUCAUGGAAGACGAGGAGGACGACAUGGAAACCGAAAGCCGGAUGGCUAGUACGAGACCAGCGUCCAGCAUGGCGGAAAAGGAGGGCGGUACCGAAAGAGGAGAAACGGAUAUGGGCUCAGAGAACAUGUCAAGCGACGAGAGUGAAGAAGACCCUCUUCCUGACGACGAUGACGCCAAUCUCACUCAAGAACAACUCCGAGAAAAAUAUGCGAAGCUUCAACUACCGGAUCCGGUUUCAUCCGAUGAGGACGAGGACGAGGACGAGGAUGAGGAAGAUGAAGAGGACGAUGACGACGAGCCAGGCUUGGCUGACCUUCUUACCAAUGGCCAUGUGGAUAAACCCGAUAGCUCUCCGGCACUGGACUCUGUUAUCAAUGAAUCAAGACCAAAUGGCAUCGACCCCGCAACCAUUGAGUUGGAUGCAGUCGACGACAUUCUAAUGGAUGACGAGGAUGACGACUCGGACAUGGACAUGGAUUCUGACAGUGAUGAAGGCAGCGCGACGGAGCCGGAUGAAGAGCUCGAGGAAGGAAGCGAAGAAGAAGAAGAGGACGAAGAGGACGAAGGCUUGGGCACGUGGGGUUUCCUUUCCGCGCAGGAAAUAUCGGACUUGAAAAAGAAAGCUGCUGAGCAAGUGGAGGAUACGGCUGAAGCAACGCCACCAGAUGAGGAUGGAACCCCGCCCCCGGAAGAGGAUCCGGAGCUGAUGGAGGACGUCACGCCCAGGCCAGUGGAGAACGGCCAUGUCGAAGGACCCAGUGCGACCACGCUUGACCGGGAGCCUGCUACGGUCAACUCUACAAACGGAGUCACUGAGGUUCAGUCUCCCCCAGAGGAAAUGGCCGUGUCGGACUCCAUGGAGGACUUACAGAAGCCUGAAGGAGCCAAGGAAACAGAGGAAGCGGCGGAGGAAAUUGAGGAAGUCACCGAGCCGACGUCUACGCUUCGAACACCAGUUCCGUCUCUGUUCCGCGGGAAAUUGCGUCCUUAUCAGCAUGAGGGUCUGGACUGGCUUGCUGGACUUUACAAUGGAGAGACCAACGGUAUUCUUGCCGACGAGAUGGGUUUAGGAAAGACGAUUCAGACAAUUGCAUUGCUUGCCCAUCUCGCAGUCGAAAAAGAGGUCUGGGGCCCGCACCUUGUCGUUGUCCCCACCAGUGUCAUGCUCAACUGGGAAAUGGAGUUCAAAAAGUUCUGUCCCGGCUUCAAGGUCAUGGCAUACUAUGGAUCAAUUGAAGAGCGCAGACGCAAGCGCCAAGGCUGGAUGAACGACGACAUGUGGAACGUGGUCAUCACUUCCUACCAGCUGAUUCUUCACGACGCAGCGGCGUUCAAGAAGCGCAGUUGGCAUUACCUGAUCCUAGACGAGGCCCACAACAUCAAGAACUUCCAGACCCAGCGUUGGCAAACGCUGCUUACCUUCAAGACCUCCAAGCGUCUUCUUCUUACUGGCACACCGCUGCAAAACAACCUGCAAGAGCUUUGGUCGUUGCUGUUCUUUCUCAUGCCAUCCGGAGAUGACGGCAACGGUGGGUUUGCAGCGUUGAGCAACUUCACCACUGCGUUGGCUCGUCCUGCCAAUCAAAUUCUGGACCAAGGAAGGCAAGAGCUCGAUGCGGAAGCGCAGGCUACAGUCAAACAACUGCAUGAGGUUCUGCGCCCUUACUUGCUGAGAAGAUUGAAGGCGGACGUUGAAAAGCAGAUGCCAGGCAAGUAUGAACACGUCGUGUACUGCCGCCUUUCCAAAAGACAGAGACAGCUAUACGACGGAUUCAUGGGCAGAGCGGACACGCGGCAGAUUCUCUCUGGUGGAAACUACAUGUCCAUCAUGAACUGUUUGAUGUCCCUUCGUAAAGUCUGCAACCACCCUGAUCUGUUUGAGACAAGACAGAUUGUCACGUCUUUUGCGAUGCGCAAGUCUGUCCCGGCCGACUUUGAGAUCCAAGAAUUGCUCGUGCGCAGGCGCUUCCUGAGAGAGGAGGAGGAGAAGGUGGACUUGGACUUCCUUAACCUCAAUCUUGUCCAGAACGAGAGCACGCCAGCCAUCCAGAGCCAGCGCAUUCAGGCCAUCCAAGCCAUCCGGCCCUUCGAGGGACUCAUCGAGCGACAGACCCGCCGUCUGAAACCUGCAGGCCAAUUUGACGGAAGGACAGCCGCCUCCAUUGCAAGCUAUCUCGAGCAUGAGUCUAAUAGGUCUGUCUUGGAACAUCUUCAAAACUGCCUUCGCGUCACGCGCCAACGCGCGCAGAGGAAGCCAAUCUACGGACGCGGCUUAAUCGAGCAGCUGACGGUGAACGAUUCUCCACAGCAAAUGAUCACGUCGAGAGGCCCAAAGAAGAAGCAAACUUAUGGUGACUGGUAUAUGAACACACACUCCAUGUGGCAGGACGUAGUGCCUACGCUGGAGGAACGCGCUGAGUGUUACAAGUCCACGAUUCAAAAGUUCAGCUGUGUCACUCCUGCGGUCGUGGCUAACGAUCUCCCGGGCCUGACUCUCGGUGAAGAGCGCGUGGCUAUGAUCCGCAGUACCAUGCCAGUGAGCAAGCCUGACCCGUUUCACGAGUCUCGCGUCCGGCUAUCAAUCGCCUUCCCCGACAAGCGUCUCCUCCAAUACGAUUGUGGAAAGCUCCAACGACUGGCGAAGCUCCUGCGUGACCUGCAGGCUGGCGGACACCGAGCGCUCAUCUUCACUCAGAUGACAAAGGUACUCGACGUUUUGGAAACAUUUCUCAACAUUCACGGUCACCGCUACCUCCGUCUCGACGGUGCAACCAAGAUCGAGCAGCGCCAGAUUCUCACUGAUCGCUUCAACAACGACCCUAGGAUUCUUUGCUUUAUCCUCUCGUCGCGUUCUGGUGGGCUUGGGAUCAACUUGACUGGUGCUGAUACGGUCAUUUUCUACGAUCUCGACUGGAAUCCUGCAAUGGACAAGCAGUGCCAGGACCGCUGCCACAGAAUUGGGCAGACGCGCGAUGUGCAUAUCUAUAGGUUUGUCUCAGAGUACACGAUCGAGGCAAACAUUCUCCGCAAAUCCAACCAAAAGAGGCUGCUGGACGAUGUCAUCAUCCAGAAAGGCGACUUCACCACCGACUAUUUCAACCGGCUGACGUAUAAGGAUGCCUUCGACGAGAUCCCGGAGGCAGAUGACGAGGAGGCCAACGCAGCAAUGGACAGGGUGCUAGGGAACAUGGGCGGGCCAGAUCCGUCUGGGAUUGCCCCUGUUCUUGAGGGCAUCGAGGAUAAGGAAGAUACGGAAGCAGCCAAGGUUGCGCAGAAGGAGAUCGUUCACGAAGUUCACAUCGAUGACGCGGACUUCGACGAAAAUGCUUCUCGGCCUAGCGCGACGCCAAAGACUUCUGUACCGCCUACACCAGCUCCUGGUGAAGAGGGUGAUUUGGAUGAAUUGCCACAUGUCGACGAGUACAUGAUCAGACUUUGGGAAUGGGAAAUGAGAGACGUGCCAUUGGGGCCGCCGCCUGAUAAGAGGCGCCGUAAGAGCAGGAAAGGUCAGGAGCAUCGCGUUCGUCGACGGAGAUGA